AGAUCCCCAUUUCGACAUUUUUUCUAGAACGCUUGCAAAGCUGUCUUUCUUUUUGGAGUUCCAACUUGAAGAAAGGGAAACCCUAAAAAAAUGGGGGAAUCCACGAGAAUGAUCGAUGUGGAGAAGCUGAUAUCUUACAGCGACGAUCUGGUGGAGGUAUUGAAGGACAAAAGGGACAUUAGCAACGUAACGCAAUGUUCCCAGCACUUUAACGAUCUCCGCUCGCAUUGCGACUCUGAUUCCAAAGAGAUUUAUCGGUUGAUUCAAGAAUAUGAAGAAAAGAUCGAAGCUUGCAAGAAGAAAACAGAGCAGGCAAAGUCUGAGGUUGCCGAUGCUGCUGAAAUGGAUUAUCUGCAUAAGGAAUUCCAAGAGGAACUGGAAAAAGAACUUCGACUUAAGGAGGAGCUUAGGGCUAUUAGCAAUGAGAUAAUUGAGCUGGAGCGCCAGAGGGUUUCUAUAGAAGAACAGAAGAAAAAGUUAAGGAAAUUUGAGCAAGACAAAUUCAAAGCACAGAGGAAGCUUUCGAUGUAUGCCUCUAUAACUAAUAUUAUUCCAGACUUGGAAGAUCAGUCCAAAAUCUCAGGCCAUAUAGUGGAUAGAGAUAAAAAGGUGCUUAAGAAGUUUGAAUUUGACCCAUCAAAGAUGAGUGCUUUUGAUGCUUGUGAUAGCCUAUGGAAGAUGAUAAAUUCCCAAUAGCCGUUGCUCAUAUUUUGUAUUGUCAUGUAAUAGAUGAUUAUGGUUCUU